AUGAGGACUGCAGUGCACGGCCGCCUCGCGCUGCUGCCUCCAGCAGCACUCCACGCGAAGGGCCUCGGAGCUCCCUCCACGAGCGUAUUCGUCCAUGGUAUCCGUUCUCGAACGAGGGGUGUGUGCUCUUGUUGCUGCUCGGGGAAUUCUGGAGAUGGUAAGAGCGGUCCUCCUACUCCUGCGCCGCGGCAGUAUCUCCCGCCCUGGUUCAGGCAAGCUUGUUUUCCUACUCUGUCGUGGAAGAAGAGGUAUGGUGUUGUCGGUGGUUUGGUUUGAACCGGGAGUGAUUUUCUCUAUUUUCGUUGCAGUGUGGCGCCCAUGAUGGACUGGACGGACAACCACUUCAGGACCCUCGCUAGGCUCUUGUCCAAGCACGCCUGGCUCUACACGGAGAUGGUCGUGGCGGAGACCAUCGUUCAUCAGAAGGAUAACUUGGUAGGAGGUUGUGAAUAGUUGUCUAUUACGAUCUUUCAGUCAUUCUCUUCAUUUGAGUCACUCAUGUAUUGCUUGCCUGGACUUACACCUUUCGUUAUCCAACUUUUUUCGCCAAUUGGCCAUAAUUUUUAUGUUGAUCAUUUGCGAACCGUUAGAGUUUUGAUGUAACAUAUCACCAUAUUGUAGCUAGGAUUGUAUAGUCGAGACAUUCUUGUUGAUCGUUAUGGUCACAUUCCGUAGUUUAGGGAAGCAUUGCAUCAGUUCUAUGACUAAUGAGAGCAAUAGUGAUAAGUGUGACGUGUUCACCCCUGAUGACAAGCAGCAUAAAGCGUUCUUUACAAGCAUGGACCAAAGCCACAGAUGUUAGCACUGGGGUUCAGAUAUCUGAACAAAGGAAUAUAGAAAUGUUUCUUUUCUUUUUUUCAAUCAUAGUUUCGUCCUCUUUGCGAUUUUUUGCUUAUACAAUAAGGUUUAUUCUGUUUCCCUCAAUGUCUCAUCAAGAAAUAUCAACCCCUUAGGAAAAGAGGGAUAAAAUCGUGUUAUGUUUGGAGAAUCAAAUUUAUCGUUAUGUUUUGUAGAUUCGUUGAGGAGAAUAAUUGUGUCUUCAAGCUGUUAAUAACGGGCAUGGAUGCAUUGCAGAUGACUUGAUUAAAUUUAUUUUUCAUUUUACUCUGGGAUACCCACCACUUUGUAAUGUCCAGUUUGCUUCUUUGGUCUUUAAAAAUUGUGCCAACUUAUUUUUCCCCCAUAGAUUAAUAAAAUCCAGCAUGGCUCUGAUUGUUAUGCAUAUAUUUAGGUCGUUAUUUUUCUAUUAUUCAACUAAUCGACAUAUCAGUUUUGCUUGCUAUGGGGAAGAUAUGGAAGUGCAGAAAUAAUAUUCCUUCUUUAACUAUGACUUAGAUAUGGAUGGUAGCCUCCCUAUCUCCGUCAGUGACGAUGUUCAGAUCCAACUCAAUGACUGGAUGCUCUACAUUUUCUUAUCGAGUACAGUUCAUAAACUUCCAAUAUCAGAGGUUUUUGAUUUUAAGGAUUUUAAGAGAGCUGGUUGAGAGAUUAACAAAAUUGGAAAAAUCUUGAAAAUUCUUCCUUUAUUCAUCUAAUAAGUAUUUGAAAAUUUCUGCCAUGUAGAUAGCUGAAGCAUUUUGGAGAAAGUUUUGACUAUUUUGAUGAAUAAUCCUAAAAUUCUCUUUAAGUUGAAUGUAUAAAUCAGCUAAAAGUUUCCAGUAUUAUAGAGUUCUCUUGUGUUAAUUUUAAUCAGGUCACGUACUUAAUUUGAAUUCCUUAUCCUUUGCUGAUUUGUAUGGAAGUCAACUCAAAUCAUACUCUCAAUUCUGUAGGAUCGAUUUUUGGCAUUCCCUCCAGAGCAACACCCCAUUGUUCUCCAAAUUGGUGGAAGCAACCUGGAGAGCCUGUCAAAAGCGGCUGCACUUGCAAACAGCUACUGCUUCGAUGAAAUUAACCUCAAGUUCGUUUUAGACCUUUCAAAUGCCAUUCCAUGUUGAUAUCCUGUUUGUUCGAAUGAUCUAAAGCUCAUAUUCUCAUGCAUUUCAGUUGUGGGUGCCCAAGUAGUAAAGUAGCGGGCCAUGGAUGCUUUGGUGCACGUCUUAUGCUGGAUCCGAAGGUCUGAUCACCAUUGAUUUAUGAAACUGAUCAGAUUUUGCUAAAUUGUCCUCAGAUCAAUGGCAAUGCCUUUGAUUAUUCCAUUGCCUAAUUUUGACCUUUGGUGUUUACAAGGGAAGUUUGUUGGGAAGGCUAUGUCUGCCAUCUCUUCCAAUUGUGAUGUUCCUGUCAGUGUUAAAUGCAGAAUUGGUGUUGAUGAUCAUGACUCAUACAGUGACCUAUGUGAGACAGCCUUAUCAAUUCAUAUUCUGCUUUAUUUUUGUUAUUAUUAUUAUUUUUUUCUAUGUAGAUAACCAUCUCACCUCAUUGUUACAUUAUCCUAUCUCAUUAAUUCUAAUGGUAGAAUAAAACUCCAUGUGGCACAUUGGAUUUUAGGAGUCUCGCCUGCAUUGAUGUGGAGAAUUUCUCUCUAUCACUCUCUACUUGUGAUCAAGUACUCUAUGAUUUAAAUAGGAUAAGGGCAUGUGGGGAUGAGGAAUUCAUGAAUCACAACAGAGCUUUUGAUGUGCUUCUCACAACAGCUCUAAUAAUGGUUCUUCAGAGCAAGAGGCAAAUAUUUGCUUAUUCUUGUAGUUACAGAACUGACAUGGACAGGUUGGGAGUUGAGCUGCCCUCUAAAAGGGACUGAAUGAUGAUCUGGUUCAUAAUUCAUAAGCCCUCUGGGCCAUUCGAUAGGGACAUUACAAAUCAUGGUCAGGUGUGAGGCAUGGUAGAUGUAAUUUUUCUUAUGUUUUAUACAAAGAAGAAAGAGAAGGAAAGGUUUCUCUCUGUCACAAGGAAGUGGCUCUUCCAUCUUCAGAGCUCUGAAUUCAUAGAGUAGCAUAGACAUUCAUAUUUUACCUCCUGUAAAAAUUUAUUUCGCUUAAGAGCUGUUGGUAUGCGUAUAUGAAUAUCCUGGUUUUUUUUUCUUAUUUAAUAUGUUUAUUAUCCAGUUAAAUGAACAACUAGGGACGAUUGAAUCUCUACUUAUGAGAAAGUGAGCAAAGCCAAAGUGGAAAAUUUCAGACUAGUCAUACAUCAAAGACAGAUGGAAGUCACAACAACAAGGGUUCAUUAGUAAGAAGGUUAACAGGAAAAUAUCUUCUAGGUUUAUGAACAAAAGGCUAUUCAUCUAUUGAUGAUAAUGUAUCAUCAGAAAGGAAAUUUUGGUGGGGUUUUCGUGGCUCUGCACGAAUUCCUGUGGCAUAUGAGUUUGAGUUUGUGGCUUAAUAGAGAUCAAGGCCAAUUUAGAGACAUGUGGAACACUGUAAUGAGUGAAGGGGAUUUAGAGCGAUGUUAGAAUAAGUUUUACUGAUAGGAGAUGAAUAUCUUAUUUUCUCCAAAACGAGGUGCAUGAGAGGCAAGGAUUAGAAACUUGAGAUUAUAUCUCCAUUAUUAAAUGAUAUACUUGAUACGGCUGAUGUGUUCUAAAGCAGGAAGACCAUCAUACUCCCACUUAAAUAUUUGUAACAGAUAGUUGCGAAGUGGGUCAGGUACAGGUACAGAACCCUGAAGCUUUUUCAUCUUUGAUUUCUCAUGUUUUCAGAUGUUCUGGCUUCCAUAAUAUAGGUGGCAAUUCCAUAAUUUAGUUUUGAUUUCCCGUGUUUUCAGAAGCUCUGGCUUCCAUAAUAUAGGUGGCAAUUCCAUAAUUUAGUUUUGAUUUCUCGUGUUUUAAUUUUGUUUCUCAUUUUUAUGUUCCAUUAAUCUAUUGGAAUUGCCACCUAUUUUUAAUAUAGGUGGCAAUUCCAUAAAGAAUUUGGUUCUCGUGUUUUCGGUGCACUUAUCUUAAAAUCCUCACCCUUAGAUUCUACUAACUGAAGUACACUCAUUGGAUAACUAUGCAUUAACUCAUUCCUGAAUUUAAGAAGACAACAUACUAGCCUUAUAGCUCAUUGUUUCUCGAUGAAAUAACUUAAGAAAUCACCCAAGUGCACAUAACAUUCACAACCAAUGACAGUCAUCUAGUGCUCUAAAAUCUUUAUAAGGAGGCAAUGCAGUUAAACAAUGCCUACAGCCAUAAUGUCAGAGCUUGCUUGUGUGAAUGCAUGGACAUUGAAAGUGGAAGCUUGAUGUCGUUAGUUUCCUCAACAAAUGUUUUCGAAAGUUGUCGAAAUUUGUGGUAUACAGUUGGGAAGUGAAUGCUCUUGUUUACAUUUUUAAACGGGCUGCAUUUUCUAUGUUUGAAGCUUGAAGUAGUCAAAAGACAUUUCUUCGUUGCCUUCUGACAACUAGUAUGCAGUUGUUACGGCACUUCGUCAUUUUAUCUUUUUUUUUUUGUAGUACUAGUUUUUGUUCUUUCUUCUGGCUCUUUAUAGAAGGUGAGUCAAUUCUUUUCCUUGAAACAAGAAAAGAGUAGAAACAUCAAGUGUUCAAUUCGAAGCUUUAUGAUACUUUUCUAAGAGUUAGUGAAAAAGGAUACCAUUACAUUUAAGUAUUCCAUUAAUUGUAUGACAAUGUAAAUAGUUAUCCUUCUAGAAAUUUUGCCAAAUUUAAAGAAUUAUGGUUUUAAAGCCUAGCAAUCUCUUCAUUUUUUAUGUUGACAAAGCUUAGGUAAUUUGGAAUAUACAAUUAAAUUAAGAAUGAAUAGGUUUUCACAAACAUAUACUCAAAGAAUUAGGCCAAAAAGCAGUUAUAUGGAAAAUCCUACAAAUUUAAUUUCAUGUUGAUCUCUAUUUGUUUGUCUUAAACUCUGGCACUCCUUGUACAGAUUCAUCCCUAAUGUCCACCCUAGCUUCAACUUCACUUUAGGCAAUAGGUGAGGUUGGUGGGCCAUGAUCUUAACCUCAUUUUUCUCCUUCUCUUUUGACGUAAUGGUUGCAUUUUGCAAUUUCAAAGUUUUCUCCCUUCUACUUGUAACGAGAAUGCAUUCCUUCCUCAUAUUUCAGUUCACCAACAUGGAGAAGUACUCUUUUUUAUUUUUCUAGCUCUCUUCUACAUUCUUAAUGGAGCAUUCGUUUCAUAAAUCUCAUAAACUACUCAAUAGUGUUAUGAGAACUAUGAUUGAUCAAAUUUCUCGUAAAUUUCUUAAGAAGUAUACCUUUUUUCAUGGAUUUCACUCUCAUAUAGUUUGAACCUUUUUUCCUCUGUUUAGGUGACUUUAUUUAUACAGUUGCUUCUAGUUCGCCAACUAGGCAUUUUAUAAUUCAUGCUCGGAAAGCAUUGUUGAAUGGAUUGAGUCCUGCUGACAAUCGGAAGAUUCCUCCACUGAAGUAUGCUUUCAAACUUUAAGCUACCAAUUUAUUCAGUUUUGAUAUCUUGUAUUAUGCUUAAACAAUUGUCGCUAGUAUUUUUCACCUGAAAUAUAAAACCAGGCAUGUAGAUAAUGUGCUGACAUUGCGUAGAAAACAUUCAAUAUGAAUUUAGGAAUUUUAGCUAAUGAAUUCCCAAUGGUUAUCUCACAGGCAUUACUUGGAAUACAUAAUGGACGAAUGUCGUGAUCUUGUGAAUUAAUUAUUUAACCUGUUCUUUCACGUUUAAACUUGGGAGUAUUCUCUUUUAUUUGACCCAUCUACAGACAGAAAUAUUGACCAAUAUAUUUACCCAUUGGGAUAUUCUUUCUGUUGACCAAUAUUUUUCCUUUCCAGAUACGAGUAUUAUUUUGCACUCCUUCGUGACUUUCCAGAGUUGAAGUUUACACUUAAUGGAGGAAUCACUUGCAUGAAUCAGGUACAUGGAACAUUCAUCUUGGACUUAUUUACAAAAUUGUUUUUACUGCAGGCCAUAAGCUGAUUAAAAUUAUAUACUACACUGGACUACAAUUGACCCCCCCACCCCCGAACCCACACACACACUUGCACACCCCCGCACACCCACUCAAGUUGGUCGUGACCCCAGGAAAACUGUCUUAAAGUAUGACGUAAGUCUUUCCCAAUGUUAAGUCGACCCUCAUUAGAAAAGGCAUCAAGACAUGCUAAAUCCUUUCCCGGCCAAUAGAUCAACACCCUCCCAUAUGCAGAAACAACUGAUUGUUUUGCAUCAGAUAGAGUCAAAGGCCAAGGGAAGAAUGGGUGCUACUUGACUGCAUAUGAACAUCUUGAGUUGAAUCACAUCAAGUCACCUGUGGCUUGUGCAAUAUUCUACUCCCUGGAUCAAGUUAAUAGUCUAAUGUCCUUGGUUCUGGAUAGAUUAAAGAUAGAUUGCUGGGUGCUACUUUUCUAACUUGGUGUAAGAUUGAAUGUGUGAUAACUAACAAUUGAAGAUAGUGGAUAUGCUUAAAGCUUCCCCAUUGCACAUUGCUACCUCAGUUACGAUGAACAGUGAGGUUGAAGAAAGAUGAUAAAAAAAUGAUGAAGACCAGCAGAGUUCUGUAGAAACUUGAUAAGAACCCAGAUCAAAGAACUACGAAUAAUUCGUAUUAGAUGAAAGAAACAAUCUCUAGAACAGAAAUACCAAAGAUAAAACACAGUAAAAGAACCCAGAACAGAUGGAGGGUCGCAUACAACCCUAGAACCCAGAACAGAUGGAGGGUCGCAUACAACCCUAGAACCCAGAAUAGAUGGAGGGUCACAUAUAACCCUCCAACCUUUUCUCGUAGAUGCACGAGAUACUAACUUCGAUUUUUUCCCCUCCUUUUCUUCCUGAUUUGCCCCUCUUUAUAUCCUCUCCUUUCCCUCUCUUAUUUAGGCAGUUAGUCUCCUGCCAUAACUGCUCUUGCCAUAACCGGUCUUUGCCAUAGCUGUCCUUGCCAUAUUGUUUCUUGCCAUAACUGUGCCUUCCCUCGAUCAUGCUAACCGUUAUUGACUUAUUGGGCUUUGGGCCUUCUUCCUUCUGGCAUAUGUGCGUGGAGCCUUAUCAAAACUCUAAUUUUAGUGGUUGUUCUUGAAGAGAAAUCUCAUCUAGGUAUUUCUUAACUCCAUCAGAUAAUUUUAUGUCAAGAAAACCUGUGCAUAGAGCUAGAGAACAUGGGAAUAGUGAGAAGAGAAAGGGACAAUGAAGAUCCAAUAUGGAUUAUUGGGCCUGAGUAUGGAAUACAUGAAGACUAACUAUCCUCAACAAACGAUUCUACAAUAAGUGAAUUAUCCAUGAUUCCAAUUUCAACUAACAUAAAGCAAGUUUGGCCAUCUUUUCAUUCAUUGAAGAAAAAAUCGAAAAAAUAAGUUCGGGGGAUACUAAAUACAGUAGCUCUCACUGACACCAACUACGAGAAGGUGAGGUCAUCUUUCUUAUGCGUUUAAAGUAUGAUUUGCCCAGAAUGUAGAAUAUCUUUAAAGCAGAUUUCCAGGAGAGUAAAUUACUUCUUUUUGUAAUAUAACUGUUCCAGACAACCUGUUGCCAUCAAAAUUUACAACAACCAUCUUGCAAUGCUUUCACGUAGGAUCUUACUUUAAAAUAGCCAACCUUCCCUAUUCUUUUAAUAGUUUCGCCAUCAAAAUUAAGUCUUGAUCUUCAACUGUUUGCUUGAACGAGAGGAAGACUUGAAGAAGUUGAGCAAUUUGGGUUCUUUACUCUUGACCUUCUUCAUAGGUUUGUCAUCACAAUGGAUUAUUUAUAAGUCUUGAAUGAGCUUGGGUCGUGGUUUAAGAAAAAACUAGAUACCUCAAAAAACAGUCAUCAAUCUUUUUGCAUUCAUUUUUCACUUUUGUCUUCUUUCUUGUUAAGUGUUGAUGCUAAUCUAUGGAUUCUCAGGUUUAACAAGUAAAAACUCAACAUAUGAAAAUUGCGGUUUUGUUAUCAUCACAAUCAACUUGUCAGUGCAGCAUGUCUCUACCUUCAGGACUACAUGGUAUUUAAAUAGAAAUGAAGCCGAAUCCCAACAGCUAUUUGUUUAGGAAUUCCAAGGCGAAGACACCACUUGAAUUUGAGAAGACAAUUAAAAACUCUUGUUCGAGGAGGAAAUGACAAUACUGAAUUUGGUACAGCACAUUAAUUUCUGGCCAGUCUUCUCAUCUUGAACAUCAUUUCAUCACUUUCUUCCUUGAAGUACUCUUGUGCUUGGACUACAUACAUUUGUAAGCUCUCCUUUUCUUCUGUGCCUUCAUGAUAUCAUGCAUAGAUUAUAGGAAACCUAGGGUUUUUCUGUCCUGCUCCGAUUAUCAAUGUUUUACUGCUUUUACAAAUGAAUAAAAAUUGAAAUAGUCUCGCCUGUUGUCCUUGUAUAAUGCCUGCUUUCUGAACUCUACGAGCAUUAGCUUAGUUUUUGUUUGAAGGUUUCUGCUGUGCAAGUAGCAUUUCGGUUUGCAUGAUUGUAUCAUAUUGUAAAAUUUAUUCCAGCUGCAAAUACUUUUUGGCUAAUGUUUUAAUCUGGUAGGUCAAUGCAGCAAGGAAACAGGGAGCCAAUAGGGUGAUGAUUGGUCGUGCUGCAUAUAAUAGGUGCUCAUCGAGUAAUCCUUAAUACGGCAGUCUCCUACUUUUGCAUGAGGAACUAGAAAUGUUUCUUUUAGAAACUUAUAAUCCAUGGACAAAUCAUUUCUAAUGUUUUUUCUCAUCAUACCUUCCCAUUAGUUAGCUUUAGAUUGUUAUGCUCCCAAAUAAUUCAAUGCUCAAAUCACCCUUCACAUCGCUUCAAGUUUUUUAAGAAUCAAAGCCUUUUAUAGAUGAAAUGUAGUAAAUAAAUUUUUUAAAUUCCUAUGGAUGGCCGGCUAAGACUAUGUGGUUAUUUUCAAUGAUAUUUAUCAAUGUUCUGUGAGACUAAUGACUGAAGGUAGCAUCUAGGAUUUGUGUCUUAGUUCUGUAUAUCCACCCUGAACAACUUAUGAUGCCAAGUUCUCUGAUAAUGCACCUAGGAACUCGUGUCUCCACUUGCUCCUUUUUAUUCCUGAAUUUGUCCGGCUGAAGUUUUUCUUUAUUGCUAUGUUUACUGGAUGUUUCCGCACUACCUUUGUAAGUCUCUCUCCCAGUUAUUAGAGGGUACAUGGCAGAGCUUCAGAAUCAUCUCGUAUCUGUGUUUUUGUAGCUACAGAUGACCAUACAUCUACGUCCCUCUUGCAUGGAGACUUCAAUGAGCAACACUAUAUUUUUCGUUGGAUAUCACAUAGAAAAGUUAACCCUUUUUAAUACCUUUUCUAAUAGCUAUGUGUAGGCUAUGCUUUGUUUUUGAAAUCAGAAGUCUUAUCAUGGUUUAAAGUCAUUUUUGCAUAAAAUGACCAUUCCAGUCGUCUGCCCCCACCAUUUCUUGUCGAAUAGCAAUGUCUGCCCCUACCAUUACCAUCUAGACUCCACCAGUCAAUUCUUGGACCUUUACAUGUUACAACUGAAUCAUACAGGAGAAAUGAACUAGGAAUGCAUGAAAUGGGAAAAAAAAGACAGUGAAAUUUGGAAGAAGAAAGUUAGAUGAAGUCAUCCUUCUUUGAGGGAUAUUGGAAAAUGAAGGGGCUCCAGUUGUGUAAUGUUUUCUUUGCACACUUGCAGAAAUUUCUGAUUGUAUGAAAAUAUCAUAAAAUCUUCCAAUUUUGACCUAAGAUGAGCUAUGCGGUUGGUUUUCCCCUUGGGGCAAUUUACUGCAACUAAUUGCCAGUACCUAGUUCGAUAAAUUCAAUUCUGAAUGAUAUUUGAUGGUGAUAGGAAUAUUUACCAACCAAAAGAUGAAAAAGUAAAGGUUGAAUACUUGUGUGGGCCAUGUAAUAUCUACAAUAUAUUUGGCAUACAGUAAAAAAAACAUGUGGAAUCCUCACAUUUUUCGCAUGCAGUGGAGUUAUCUGCUCAGGGACAUUUUCAAGGCGAAAAAGGUAAUGUUAUUAACAUUCCACAUGAACAGGAGAUAAUUGAAAAGUGUCAAACCAGGAUCUUGAUCUUCUUCUUGAUCUUCUUGAUCAGGUUUUCACCCUCCCCUCUCACUAGAGCUGCCCAGAAAUCCCUUUAGAGUAGAUUCCCGGGAAAAGUCUUAUCUCAAUUAACCUCUACACUGGUUUAAAUACCGGUAAUAUCUAUAGUGGGCCAAGCCCUCUUAUUUUGACGAAAGAAAGGAUUUGUGGGUUGUGAGGAAGAAGUUAUGGCUGGGAGGUUGUGUUCCACUGUUGAGGCUUUCCACUAAGAGGAUGUGGGGGAAGGGACUGCUCUUAGGGGAGGUGGGGGGGAAGUUGUGCUGGACAAGGGGAUAGGUUCUGGAUUUUCAAGAUUACUUAAACGCGGGGUCAGCUGCCCACAAUCUGGGCAAGUUCAAAAUUCAUUGAGAUUAUUUUGUCCAUGCUUAAAUAGAAAUGGGGCCAGCUUUUACAUUAGCCUAAUGUAUUGAUACCCCCUAGUCCUAGAACAUGUUUAAGAAUUAAAGUAAUUAGUUCCCGUGAAUUAUUUCCUAGAACAUGUCUGUUUUCCCACGUUUAAGAACAAAGAAGGAAAAUUAUGUUGAUGCUUUGAACUAGACAUUAAUAGAUGUUUGCUGAGGGAUUUCUUAACAAAUUCUUUUGAAUGAAAUUCAUCCAGUUAUUGGUAAUUUUCAUCUUACUGAUUUAGAGUUUCCUGUGAAGAUUUCUGAAAAUUCUGUUUGGAUUUCAUCGCUGGAUACAUCAUUUAUUUAGAUAUUUCAUAUCGGUUAAGUGUGCAUGCUAAGUAUAAUUAAUUAUUUUGAAUUCUAAGGUGUUGUGUAUAUUAGCUGCAGUACUCUUCAACAAAAAUACCUUCUGGGUAGGUUAACCCUGAUCAGGCUAUGGUGUUCUAUCUUUGCAGCCCAUGGAUCACCCUUGGACAAGUGGAUGCUGCUGUAUAUGGUACCCCUCAUUCGGGUCUUUCACGCCGCCAGGUUUUACACGUUUACAGACUUGUUCGUUAUGACAAUAAUGGGCAUUAAUUCAUCCUUUUACUUAUUUAUUAUUUAGGUUUUAGAGAAGUAUCAGGUGUAUGGAGACGCUGUUCUGGGAAUUGAUGGGCCUAACAAACCAAGAAUUAGACAGAUUGUUAAGGUUUGUAUUUUAGUCCCACUGACCACUUUUAUAUAUAUAUGAUCUUUCAACAUGGCCAUUUUCUGUAACAACUAAAUCAUCCGAGCUCAGUAUGAUGCUUAUUUUUUGGUACAAGGAUCUCUGAUGAUACGUGAUCUUACUGUGAAUCUCUACAGCCUUUGCUAAAUCUAUUCCAUUCAGAGCCUGGCAAUGGUCUCUGGAAGCGCAAGGCUGACACCGCAUUGCGUCAUUGCUCGGUAGGUGACACCUCUAAUAAUAGCUGUUCCAUAACCUCUUUCUUCCUCCGCAUUGAAUGGUGCAAACUAGUUUCGAUCGUUAUCUUGCGGUGAUGACACUGAUAUUUCUGGAAACAUGUGCUGGAACCAUGUAUAGAAUGUGAUGCACCUAGGCUACAUCAAGUUGCAGUGCUUGAUUGAUCUGGUCAGACUAUCAACUUUUAUCAUCGUAAGUUAUACAUGAAUGUCUGCAUGUCAUUGUGAAAAAUACACAUAGACAUCUUAUGGGCGAUUUAGAAAUGAAAGUGAAGGCGGCCAUAAAAGGUCUUAAGUGGUAAGCCUAUUACACUGAUGUGGCAUCCCUACCCCGCUUUUUCCUGUGCCGAUGUAUUCCUUGUUGUUGAUAUUUAAUAUAUCAAAGACUACUUUGUUUAUAGGAUUUAACCUUGUGAUUAUUGUUUGUCAUUUUAUUGAAGUUUCAUGUGUAUAUACUAUCUUACUUGUUGAAUGUCUUAUGUUUUUUCUAAAAGUAAUACAGGUUAAAUUAGGCGGCAUGUAUGUAUAGAAAUAAUGGACUAUGACCUUAGUCACUUAGAAAUAAUGUCAUGUGCUUCGUUUCCGUCCAUAUCUUCCCUGUCUGAUAUCAAAAAACUACUUACAGUUCUUUCUCUAUACUGGGUGUUUUUCUUGAACCAUCAGACUAUACAGUCCUUUCUAGAGGAGACGCUGGAUGCGCUUCCUGAUGCUGUGUUGGAUUCAACGGUGGCCACUACCUUACCUGAUUCUACUGCUACUUUUGCCAAUGUAGAUGGCUCAUUGGUCGCUCCAUUUGGACAAAAGCAAGAACACUUGGUGGCUUGUUCUUAG